AUGGAUCGGGCUAUAGCGCGCGCUGUGACCGAGAAGCAGCCGGUCCCAGAGAUCGAUUUCACAUUGCACACGAUGGAGGACAACACGCAAGUGUCAACAAUGGAGAGGGUAGUCAAAGAGGUCCAAGCGCCCGCUCUCAGCUAUCCUCCCGAUGAUAUGUUUUGGUCGCCUGAGGAUCCCUCCAAGCCCAAUUUACAGUACCUCAAGCAGCACCUCUAUCGUGAGGGUCGUCUUUCGGAAGAACAGGCGCUAUGGAUCAUCCAUGCCGGUACACAGGUUUUGAAGGCCGAGCCAAAUUUGCUCGAAAUGGAUGCGCCUAUUACAGUGUGUGGCGAUGUUCACGGCCAGUACUACGAUUUGAUGAAGUUGUUCGAGGUCGGCGGUGACCCUUCCGAGACGAGAUAUCUGUUUUUGGGCGACUAUGUGGACCGUGGUUAUUUCAGUAUUGAGUGCGUCCUCUAUCUCUGGGCAUUGAAGAUUUGGUAUCCCGAUUCACUUUGGUUGCUGCGGGGUAAUCACGAAUGUCGCCAUUUGACCGACUACUUCACCUUCAAGUUGGAGUGCAAGCACAAAUAUAGUGAACGGCUCUACGAAGCAUGCCUGGAAUCCUUCUGUGCGCUGCCGCUGGCGGCAGUUAUGAACAAACAGUUCCUCUGCAUCCACGGUGGUCUCAGCCCCGAGCUGCAUACCCUCGAAGACAUCAAGGCCAUUGAUCGCUUCCGCGAACCCCCAACUCACGGACUUAUGUGCGACAUCCUUUGGGCCGACCCUCUGGAGGAAUUUGGUCAAGAAAAGACAGGCGAUUUCUUCAUUCACAACAGUGUCCGUGGUUGCUCGUACUUCUUCUCUUAUCCUGCGGCAUGUGCGUUUUUGGAGAAGAACAAUUUGCUCUCCAUCAUCAGAGCACAUGAGGCUCAGGAUGCUGGAUAUCGCAUGUACAGAAAGACACGAACCACCGGCUUCCCCAGUGUCAUGACAAUUUUCAGCGCGCCAAACUACUUGGAUGUUUACAACAACAAGGCGGCUGUCCUCAAAUAUGAAAACAAUGUGAUGAACAUCCGCCAGUUCAACUGCACCCCGCACCCAUAUUGGCUACCCAACUUCAUGGAUGUUUUCACUUGGUCUUUGCCAUUCGUUGGAGAGAAGAUCACUGAUAUGCUCAUCGCGAUCCUCAACACUUGCUCGAAGGAAGAGUUGGAGGACGAAGCACCAACGCCUGUAUCUCCCUCUGAACAAAAGGAUGCAGUCUCGUCUCCAUCAAUGGACCCCGAAUCCACCGAGUUUAAGAGACGUGCUAUCAAAAACAAAAUUCUUGCUAUUGGCCGCCUUUCUCGUGUGUUCCAGGUUCUCCGCGAGCAAUCCGAGAGUGUCACGGAGCUGAAGACGGCGGCUGGCGGUCGUCUUCCUGCUGGAACACUCAUGCUAGGUGCGGAAGGUAUCAAACAGGCUAUUCACAACUUCGAGGAUGCCCGGAAGGUUGAUAUCCAGAAUGAGCACGUGCCUCCGAGCCAAGAAGAAGUUAUCGCAAAGAGCGAGGAGAGUCGUCGUGUGGCCCUGGAGCGAGCUGAACAAGAGGCUGCCAACGAUGCUGGACUCGCCACAGUUGCUCGACGGAUCAGCAUUACUUACAAAGCUCGUGAUGAACCCGUGGACGCCAAGGCCAGUUCCCGCAUCCACUUCCGCUCAACGUUCAUCCACCAAAGUGCCAUUGCGAGAAUUGCCCUACAAACCUCGCUUCACUGCGCCCCAAUGGCUCCAAGAUUGCGCAGUGCGCUCACAAAGAGCCUGUCGCGUCAACUGGAUAGCAGCGCUGUCUUCUACUGCCCUUCGUGCGCGAUCUGGCGACGAAGCUUGUCCACGCGCGCCCACACCAGUCGCAGCAUCGACGAUCCCGACACAUCUCGACGAGUCACUAGAGCCCAAAACACAAUAGAAUCGGCUCCCCGAACAUUUUCCACAUCCUCUAUUAUCACUGCUAAGAGCGUGCCGCCGCGGUUCAAGGAGCUACAUGCCGCCCUCGAGGGAGUGAAAGAUGCCGCCCUGGAACAGGUGAACCUCAGUCGGCUGCAAUUUGCACUGCGGGGAUUGGAGUCUGAAACGCCUCUUAUUAGAGUAGCCGUUCUUGGAUUGAACGAUGCGACCUCUGCACGAAAGCUCGUUCGACUACUACUUGCCGACCCAUUGACACCCCGGGAGGGCUGGGAAGACAUCCUCGACUCAUACGAUGCCGAUUCAUCCCGAGGACUGCUGAUCAGAUACGGCGAAAUCUCACAAUCCAUCCCCAAUGACCUGCUACCGACGAUAUCAGUGCCAUCGCCCAUCCUGAGGAAAGGCAACUUAGAGAUCCUAGUCAGCACCCUAGGCUCUGAGCCCGACCACGCCGCUACGCUCCACGCCGACACCUUCCUUGUCCCCACAGUUACCAUCCAGACCUCGCACUCCGGUCGGCAUAAUGUUGUUCGGUAUCCCGUGCACCGCACCAUUGUAUGCGGACGUGGAGUGGAUGGCCUGCUGUCGUACAGCACAAUGAUAGGUCGGGCAGACCUAAAGAACGAGGCUUCUUCAGUGCGCGGGGCUAUUGAACUUGCAGUGGCGGACCAGCAAUCCACAAACGAGCGAUUGUCCGUGGUAGAUGUCGAUCGCGCCAGUACAGCACUAGAUAAAUUCCGUGAAUCUGUCCACAAUGCUUCCGACUACGAACGUGGGUGGAAUGGCAGUGGUGUGCAACCUCUGAUCGACUGGCUUGCAACUUCCUCGGAAGCGCCCACGGGAAAUGCAUUGAAUCCGGCAUUGGUCCCUCUGGUGGAGUCCCUUGUUGACGCGGCCGACGCUAGUGUGAUCGCCAGAGACGCCAAGGCGCUCCAAGAACAAACUACUGGCGUAACCCCUGAGAAGACUCGGUCCAGCUUGGAUCGGGCUGUGACUAGCUGGGCGGAGCGUGCUCACUCUGAACUCCGUAGUUCCCUCGAUGAAGGACUGGCCAGUCCACGCUGGCGCGGUCUUGCAUGGUGGAAACUCUUCUGGCGCGUUGACGAUGUGAGCAUGAUUACAUCUGAGAUCUUGCAAAGGAAGUUCCUUCCACGGGCGGAGCAGGAGGUCAUCUGGACCGUGGGCAAGUACCAGCAGGCCGGCCUGUUGGAAGAGGCAUCUUCAAGCGUUGACUCCGCAAAGGAAUCUGCCAUGCCUCCCUGGCCCACCCAGAUCCCCGACCUUCGCACCAAGCUCCUCACUUCGACAGUUCCAUCUCUCCAAGCCCUCGCCCAGAGUCUAGUGCUUUUCAGCGUGUCCACCACCACUCUGACUUCUGCUCUCUCUGCUCUAACGUAUGUGGCUAUUCCAUCGGCCGGGGUAUAUGAGUCAUGUACCCUUGCCGCUGUGGGAUUGAUUUACUCUAUGCGUCGCCAGCAGAAGAGGUGGGAUAUCGCCCGUGAUUUCUGGGAGGAAGAGGUCCGCGAGGAAGGCCGCACCUCGCUCCUGGAAACGGAGGUUGCUCUUCGUGAUAUUGUGCGAAAUGGCGGAAAGACUAUCGAGGAGGUAUCUGACACCCGUGCACGGAAGUCCGUUGCAAGGGCAAGAAAGGCUUUGGAGGAGGUGAAGGCGUAA